CGAAUCUCAGUCAGCCCUCGGACAUCCCUCAUCGGCGCCUCACACGCACCGACAACAUGCCUACAAACCCGACCGCGGAUCGCCACGUCUGAGCCCUUCGAUCGCGCUUCUGUUUCUCGUCUUUUCGAUCAUGGUCCUACCUUGUUGUUUUGCCCACCCGUCCGCGGCCUACUGAAAACAACAAUGCCGGCAUGGAUAUCACCGUCGACUACAACCUCCGCGUCGCAGCGCUUGUUCCCGGUCAGUAGUUCUGCGUCCGCGUCAGUAGGCUGGCGUCCAUGCCAACCGCUCGCGUGGCUUCCUUCAACUAGCGCGUGGCACUUCUCAACUAGUGCCUCGUGCUCGCCGAAGAACACCUCCCUCUCGCCGGGACCACUCCUUUCUCGCCGAAAACCUUUCACCGACGGUCUCGCCGCGUUCCCCGUCGACUGCGCGCGGCGGCAAGUAUAGGUGUUCUCUCGCGCUUGCCUCCGUCUCGGUAUCCCGCAAAGUCCGUCAACGCUGUCCGAAGGACCGAGCCCCAGCCGAGCCUGUUUCUUUGCGCUGGCGGCGGUAUUUGA